AUGCCUGUCCAUGUUAACAACGAUCCAAACUGCGACCAAAAUUUCCGUCGCGCAUAUUACGACCAGUUCCAGCAAUGUAUCAAUGAUAAUCAAAUAGUCUCCACCCGACUACAGCACCAUGGGUACGGCUAUGCCCCGUCCCAGCCGAAGCCUCAACCUCCAAGAUGGCCAGCAGAGGCUGCGGCAGAGGAUGGAAAGGAGUAUUAG